UUGAAGAACUCCAUCUUUUCUCUCUCUAUCUUUUCUUUGAUUUCCUCAAUUUCCUUCAUUGCAAAACCAAUCGUUAUUUCCUUUUACUCGUAUGUAUCGUUCUUAUCAAUCUCGUAAACCCACCAAUCAAUUCCGUCUUAUCCUUUUCCCUGGACCCUCUUCAAAUUCAACCCAUCAUUAUUAAAGCUCUAUAGAAGCAUUCACUCAUUUACCUUUCUGUUAUUAGGUCUCCUAAAUCACUUCCCUUUACUGAAAACUGUUAAUUCUCCGGUGGGUUUGUGUCAAAGUUCAAUUCUUGCUAACCUAUUUAUGCCCAUUGAGUUUCUAUUGACUCAACAACCGACUGUUGGUCUGAUUCUCUGGGUUCUCGAGGAAGAAGAUCAAGGGUGCUUGCUAGGUUUGGAUCACUGUAAUGUUGGUGGGUUCUGUCCGAAUUUUAUAGCUGAGAAGGGUAUUAUUGAGUUCAUUGAAGAUGUCAUCUGGAAAUUUAAAGUCAGUGUUGUCGAAGAAGACAGAGUUCUUUGGCCUUAAGCUAUGGGUUGUAAUAGGAAUAUGUGUUUGUGUAUUCAUAAUGUUGAUCUUAUGUCUCUUAUCCCUAUGGGUCAUGUUUAGAAGAAAAUCAAGAAGAAGCUUGGAUAAUUACUCUCAUGUUGAGAUCCCAGAUGUUUCGAAAGAAAUCCGAAUCGAUAGGGUUGGGGCUCACCCACAUGACCAUCCAAUUCCCGAGAGUAUGAGUCUAUCGAAUCAUGAUAAAUUGAGCGAAAGAAACUCUGGGAAGAUGUUGGGUAGGAGUAAAUCAAGUGAUGCUGAUAAUAUCAGCCAAUGCAGUUCAAACCACCAUGAAAGAGGUUUUAGUUCUCAAUCAGGUGGAGAAGAUGGUGGUUCUGGGAAGAUAUUAAUGAAACAGCAGUCUUUUGGACUUCCAAUGGCUUCUCCAUUGAUUGGAUUGCCGGAAUUCUCUCAACUUGGAUGGGGUCAUUGGUUUACUCUUAGAGAUCUUGAGCUCGCGACAGGUCGGUUUUCGGCUAAGAAUGUUAUUGGUGAAGGCGGUUAUGGUGUUGUGUACAGGGGUCGGCUCGUUAAUGGGACUGAGGUUGCAGUCAAGAAAAUACUUAAUAACCUGGGACAAGCUGAGAAAGAGUUUCGGGUUGAAGUUGAUGCCAUAGGACAUGUUCGUCAUAAGAAUCUAGUUCGACUUCUUGGCUAUUGCAUCGAAGGAGUUCACAGAAUGCUGGUGUAUGAAUACGUGAACAACGGAAACUUGGAACAGUGGCUUCACGGGGCUAUGAGACAAUACGGCACACUGACAUGGGAAGCCCGAAUGAAGGUUCUUCUAGGAACCGCAAAGGCGCUUUCUUAUUUGCAUGAAGCCAUAGAACCAAAAGUGAUACAUCGCGACAUAAAAUCCAGCAACAUCUUGAUCGAUCAAGAUUUCAAUUCCAAAGUUUCCGACUUUGGACUGGCCAAGCUACUGGAUUCCGGAGAAAGCCAUGUAAACACGAGGGUAAUGGGGACAUUUGGUUAUGUUGCACCAGAAUAUGCCAACAGCGGGAUGUUGAAUGAAAAGAGCGAUGUCUAUAGUUUUGGAGUCUUAUUGCUGGAAACCGUAACAGGAAGAGAUCCAGUUGACUAUGGCCGACCAGCAAACGAGGUCAAUCUUGUGGAGUGGCUUAAAGUGAUGGUAGGAAACAGACGAGCAGAAGAAGUAGCGGAUCCAGACUUAGAAGUUAAACCGUUGGCACGUCCCCUAAAACGUACCCUUCUAGUUGCACUUAGGUGCGUUGAUCCAGAUUCAGAGAAACGACCCAAAAUGAGCCAAGUUGUAAGAAUGCUCGAAUCCGACGAAUUCAGUUAUGGCGGGGGCGAGGUAUAUUUGAAAAUAAAUACCCAUGAAUUCUUUCAUCUUAUUAGUAUUUAGUUUUGUUGUUUGACAUAUUAUUAUGUUCAGGAUCGGAGAAACAGGAAAACCCGAAGUGCGAGUAUGGAAAUUGAAUCAGUGAAGGAUAAUAAUAGCGGUCCAAUCGACAUCCCUGAAAUCCGGCCAGACGAGUCUGAGGGGCGGAGGCGUUCUUCGGAGUCGAUGGUAUAAAACCAGA